AUGAAUGGAUCAACACUAUCUUUAUUAUCUUUAGCUCCAUUAGUAUACGAAACAAGUAUGGAUUAUAUGUAUGACAAAGAUAUAUAUAGUCCAAAUCAAUUUAAUCUAACUAAUUCAUCCGAAUAUUCAAAUUUACAUCGUUUUGUUAUACGUUCUUUAAGUGUAUAUGCACUUAUACUUGUUAUUAUUGGAACAUUAGGAAAUUUAUUAACAAUAAUUAUUUUAUGUCGAAGAAAUUUAAGACGUUAUGUUACAAUGAGAUAUUUAAUUGUUGUUAGUAUAUGUGAUAUUAUAUCAUUAUACGGGUGGAAUUUAAAUAAUUUUUAUAAAUUUACCAUCAGUUCCAAUAAUAAUAAUUUAGAAGAAGUAUCUAUGGUACAUUGUCGAAUUAUGUCCUAUAUGACAUUUGUUGGUUUACAAUUAUCAAGUUGGUGUUUAACAGCUGUCAGUUUAGAUCGUUGUUUGAGUCUUUAUUUUUUAACAUGGAAACAUAAAUAUGGUAAAUUAUCUCGUGUAAAAUAUCAUAUAGCUAUAUUAGCCAUAACUUGUUUAUUAUUAAAUUCUCAUAUUUUAUUUUUUAAUGGUUAUUAUAUUGAUACAUUAAAAAAAACAGUUAAAUGUUAUGCAACACGAACUAAUAUUCAUUAUAUAUUUCCUCAAUGGGAACGUGUUCAUUUAGUUGUAUAUAAUUUAUGUCCAUUUAUAAUCAUGUUAACAUGUAAUACCUUUAUAAUAUAUAUAUCAAUUCGUUCAGCACGUAUACGCAUGACAAGACGAAUGACAGAUGCAUCUGGAAAAGUUUCAACUACAAGCACAUCUCGCCAUCGACAAUUAACUAUAAUGUUAAUGCUUGUGACAUUUAUGUUUGUACUUUUAACAUUACCAUCAUGUGUUUAUUUUGUUUUCUUUCGUCAUCGAAUGCCAUCAACAAGUGAUUCUCGAACAUUUCGUCAUAUGGUACAAAUAUGUUUAGGAAGUAUACAAUUUACAGCACAUGCAAUUAACUUUUUUCUAUAUUGUUUUUCGGCAAGAAAUUUUCGUGAAGAAUUACAUGGGUUUAUCAAUGAAUUAUGUUGUAAGCGAACGUCUGAUUUUAAAUCGAACAGAUUAGCAAGAACAUCUAUAGGAUUAACAACAUUUCGUAGAACUAAACGAGACGAUAACAAUUUUGAUUCAAAAACAACAUUAAAUCAUGAAUGUAAAGUCGAUCAAACUCAAAGAAAAUUAACUAAUUUUGAAUCAAAAGAUGAGUUAAAUGAUGGCAAUGAAAGUAAUUCAGACUAA